AUGCCAGAAGUAGACGAUUAUUUUAAUGAAGUUAAUGUAAAUGAAUGGAAUUAUGAUGGAUUUCUCAAAUUUUUGACAACUGAAAAAUGUAGCGAAAAAAUUUGGAUAAAUUGCUUAAAAGCGAUUAGUAAAAAUAAUAAAUAUGCAGACCAUAUUUUGGAUAUUAAUCGAUUAAGCAAUUUAUUGCAAAAAAAUGAAACUCAAUUUUUGAGGAAUUUGUUUCCACCUGCAAAUAUCCUUAAUGCUGAAAAUAUAUUCAAAGAAGUGGAACAGAAAUGGAAAUUAGUAAAUUUGGGAAUUGAAACUUUAAAAGAGCGCCAAAUUACAUUCAUUUUUGAUACUGUACAAAAAUUGUAA